GGUACAUAUCUUUGUCUCUUGCAAUCACUCAGACCCUCGCUGACCCCCCUGACUGACAUGUUCGGCAACAUCAACAACACAUAUAGCCUGAUGAAAAACAUGGAUAUUCACUGGUCUUUUUAGACCGAAGACAACAGCAGACAAGAGGCACUGAUGACUUUGACACAACCUCCUUACUAGUUGUUCACAAGUGCACAAAACCUCCUGUGUGACUUUGUAAAUAUUAUUAUUACUGACAAGUUGAAGCAAAAUGGAUCUUACAGCCAAACAUGGGUUGGUGCUGCUGGACCAGUUGAGGAGGAUGAGGGAGACUGAGCAUCUGACAGAUGUGGUGCUGGUGGCUGAGGGCAUCAGCUUUCCCUGUCACAGAGUUGUUCUGUCCGCCUUCAGCCCUUACUUCCGUGUUAUGUUUACAUGUGGCCUUCGCGAGUGCAACAACAGAGAAAUAUUCCUACGUGACACCCCCGCGGACAGCCUGGCUCUCCUCCUGAACUACAUGUACUGCUCAGAUCUCCCUCUCACCAACUCCAACGUACAAGGCAUCUCCAUUGCGGCUUUUCUCCUGCAGAUGGACGACGUCUUCACUCGCUGUCAGCAGCACAUGACCGAGAACAUGGAUGCCUCCAACUGCCUCGGCGUGUACUACUUUGCCCGUGACCUCGGUGCGGAGGAGCUGGCUGACCAAGCUCAGCGCUACCUGAGGCAGCACUUUGUCCAAGUCUGCCAGAGUGAGGAGGUCCUGGAGCUGGAGGCUCAUCAGCUGGGGAAGCUCCUGACCUCUGAUGACCUUAAUGUUUCCAGAGAAGAGACCAUCCUGGAUGUGGUCCUUCGCUGGGUCAAACACAGCACGCUGAUGGAUGAAGAGGUUCGCAUUCGCCACCUUCCAGAGCUCCUGAGGAAGGUUCGCCUUCCGCUGAUAAACCCUGACUACCUAAGAGAGGCGAUGAGGAGAAACACGGCCCUGCUGGCUGAUGCUGAAUGUCUGGAGAUGCUGAAUGAAGCCUUGGAGGCCACAACGAUGCAUCCCUCAGCUGCACCACGUAAACUAAAGCUGCGGUACGGCAUGGAGACCACAGAUCUGCUGCUCUGUGUCGGGAAUGAUGGCAGUGGGAUUAGGUCAAGAUAUGGCAACUUUGCUGAGCGCAGCUUUUGCUAUGCCCCAUCCACAGGCCGAACCUACUACAUCACUUCACCUCGCUAUGGAGAGGCUCUGGGGUAUGUGUGUGCCGGGGUCGUAACUGAAAGAAACGACAUUAUUGUGGCAGGAGAGGCGAGUGCGCGCAGAAUGGCCCGACAGAAGGACGUGACAGUUGAGAUCUACAGGUAUAAAGUUGAGGCCCAAGGGAGCUGGGAGCGCCUGACUUCAGCAGAGUACCGCGAUUCUUACGCCCUCGGAUCACUGGGUGACACUCUGUACCUGCUGGGUGGGCAGAUGAAGCUGAAGAACCAGUUUCUCAUCAGUAAUUGUGUAGAGCGAUGGUCUCUGCAGGGUGGACCCUGGAGGAGUGCUGCACCCCUGCCUCUGCCUUUGGCCUAUCACAGCGUGGUCAGAAUGAAAGAUCGCCUUUAUGUGAUGGGUGGUCGAACCCCACAGUCAUACCGGAUGGAUGAUGAGCCCGACCGUCUUAGUAACCGCCUUCUUGAGUACGAUCCAAACACAAACAAGUGGACAGAACUAUGUCCCAUGAAGUACUCAAAGUACCGCUGCAGUGCUGUGGUACUCAAUGGUGAAAUUUUUGUAAUGGGAGGCAUUGGCUGUGAAGGCAUGGACCGCGGCCAGUCACGCCACUGCCUCGAUGCUGUGGAGAUCUACAACGCGGAUGGAGACUACUGGAGGGAUGGCCCUCGUCUCCCAUGUGCACAGCUGUCACUGCGCACCAAUGCCUGUAAUGCAGGAGUGGUGGGAGGCAAGAUCUAUGUGUGUGGAUAUUACAAAGGAGCAGAUCGCCACGACGAUAUCACAAAGGACAUUUUAGAGCUGGACCCAUGGGAGAACCGGUGGACAGUGGUGGCUCGGCGCGCCCUGAUGCACGACAACUAUGACGUCUGCUUAGUGGCAAGCCUCAACCCAAGGGGACUCAUGUCCCCACCGGCAGACUUAGUCAAACAGUGACACCCCUGUCAGAUCAGAUCAAAGUCUGUUUGGGAGAAUUAGUGACAGAAAUCAAUUACUAAUUAUUAAUGCACUUAACGCUGGGCCAAAGGCAUUCAUUUUUUUCAAGCAGAAAAGGUCUUAGUGCUCUGCAUGAAAGAGGAUCUGCGGUUAAUGAUUUGCACGCUGUUGAAGGAGAAUAGAAAGAUAAUUUUGUAAAUAGUGUUUUUGUUGCUUUUUUUUAAUUUUAUUGUGUAACAUCUGCAGAGAAGAUUGAUCGCCUGCAGCUGGUGGUUCAUAACUGAAACAGUAUUAUUAUCAACACCAGGAAAUGGUGUCCUUUGACAGUAAACAGAUAAGAAUUAUGAGAGGUAUGAGGUAUGUUUGCUCAAGCAGAUUAAAACUGUUUUUGUGCUAAUAAACAAGCAACCUAGCAAUAUAAUGUAGCAUGGUUGUUGUGGUUUGAACACAAACACUUUUUAAUUUCUGAUUUAAAUGUGCACUUGCCAGUUUAUUAGGUAUACCUGGUUCCAACUAAUGCAGUCUUAUCCAACAGUCCUGCAAUAAAUCCUGCCUUCAUGAAUGUUA